UGAGGGAAUAUACAGAGCCACUCUCAUCAACUGUUGUGCUGGGAUUAACUCCAAUGCAAAGAAACAAUUAAAAGGAUUCUGAACUUCACUGCAGACAUUUACUCGCAAGCAAUGCUGUGUUUAGGAGACUCUGCUGACUGCCUCCGCGACCAAAUGCAGUGCAUGAUGAGAUCCUUGCAGGACCUGAAGCAGAUAAGCAGGCCGAGGCCACUAAGUGAACCAUGUGCUCGGUCCUUCGCUGUGACGCGGCUCUGCAAACAGAGGGCACACCAAGAGCGACUCGCUCGUCUACGUGUCUCAGACGCCAGGAAGUCCAGCACAUAUGACUCUGCCUGCUGCCUGGCCAGCCCUCUGGAAGAAGAGGAAGAGCAUCAGGAGCAUGAACGGUUGGCACAAGGCUCCCCAAGCAGUGAAAAGAGUCUGGACUUUGACUCUGGAUACUCUGAGGCGUCUUGGCACGAUGAAGGUGUGGUGCUGAGGAGGACCAGGAAUGUGCGAGUCUCUUCUUCUGCGUGCCUCCGCACAAACAGAGGAGCUUCUGGCCGAAUCCGACCCAAAUCAACCUCGGACGCUUGCCUGGAACGCUGGACCUCAUUUGAGGCCAGUGACCCUGAGGACUGGACGACAUCGCUGCUGAGUCGCAGCAGGAACAGACAGCCUCUGGUUCUGGGGGACAACAGCUUUGCUGACCUAAUAAAGAACUGGAUGGACCUACCAGAGUGUCCUGAGCCAGCAGAACUAAAGCCCUGUGUGGGCCGGCGCCUUGCCAAAGACAUUUUGAUCAACAUGCGGCGCAGACUAGUAGGGAUGUCUAAAAGUGUGGAGGUGAGGCCGAGACCAGCAGACUUCACAAGGGUCAGCAGGGCUGCAGAGGAUCCCAAACGGAUGUCCUGUCCUGUGGGACUCCAGGCUCUCAAACCUUUCUUUCACCAGUCCCACACAGGCCUACAUCAACCGGACACUGACUUCCACCAGUUCACCGCUCUCAUGAAGACAGGCAGCCGACAACCCAUCAUAUGCAAUGACAUUAUUGGAUACAUUUAAGUGAGACUGUCGAUUAACACAAAUAAGAUGGUUAUAUUUUGAUAUUGGAUGUUGUCCACCAUGUUGAUACAGCUGUAAUAAAGGUGUUUUGAAUUUUA